AUGUCGAGUGUAAGUGUCGUGUCUAAUUCGUCGGUGGAGGUUGACAGUGAGCUGUCCAACAAUUCGUGUGUUAAGGAUAAGGAAAUCGGUGAUGUGGAAAUCGGCGUUGAGGGAGAGCCUGAAGAAGAGCGGGAGCAGAAAUUUAUGCUGCCUAAUGACCUGUACAAAAGUUUGCUCGCGAGCGCGGUUCUGGGGAAGAGUGUGCUUACCAACACUAAUGGUUACAAUAAUUUGAACUUUAAAGAUAAUUUUGCUAACUUUAAAGAUAAUUUUAGUGCUGCCAUUGGGAAUAUUAAAGAGACAAAGGAUCUUAAGGAGCUCAGUAUUAGCAGUGUGCCGGCUUUUCCGAGGAAUUUAGCGCUACAUCGGGAUGAUAGUGACGAGAAAGCUUCUUUCGCGUGGUCAGAUGCCGCGGACGAUGGAGGAGGGGGUGGAGGAACUGUGGGGAACAAUGGGACUGCGACGGGGAACGGUAACACCGGAACAGGAACCGGUGCCUCAGGAGGUGGUGGAGGGGGGCUGGCCCACUGGGUCAGUGUCAUGGCUGAGCAUAUUCACAACCCCCAUUCCACGACCGGAGUCGGUGGUGUCCACCAUCAGCAGCAGUCGCCUUCUCAACCUCCCUAUCCUUGGAACAAUGGACUUUCUAGUGACGUAAGUUUUUCAAAAUUUUUUUGCACGCUUCAAAAAAAAUUUACAAUCUAUAAUUUUUUUUGA